AUGAGCGCUGAUGCCACAGCAGGGAUAUUUGUCAUCCUCCUACUCAUCUGCUUCAUUUCCAUCCUCUGUUUACUGAUGGCGUUUUUAUAUAAAUGUUUCCAAACCAAGAAAGAUGGUAAGAUAGAAAAUGGUUCUUGUCAAGAUUGUUUAACUCCUAGUGUGGCGAAAAACAAUUCGAGAGACCCGAAACUUAUUCUAAGGAGGCCUAGCAUUCUUGUCAAGAAACGGAGUGAGGAAAUUGUGACCACAGAAUUUAAAAAAAAAGAGGACACAGAGGGCAAAAUACAAAAGGAGCAAAAUCCUGAGGAGGAUAAAGAAAAUCGCAAAGAGGAUGAUGAUUUGCAAAAAGCAGCCAUAACUGUCAAUGCAACCACUUCAGUUACUGAUAGCAAAAGACCUUUAAAAGGAGUGACAUUUUCUAGGGAGGUAAUUAUUGUGGAUCUUGGGAAGAAAUACCCUACACCUCAAAGCUAUAUUCAAGAACAUAAAGAAAGAAAAUGA